CUUACUUUACCUUACUGCGGUACGGAGUACUUGGGUACCUUACCUUACACUCAGCCAUCCGCAAGUACGUUGUGUUCGUACCUUGACGCACCUUUGCGGCCUCAUCUCACUUUUUGUUCACUCACUCUCUUCCUUUCUCACUCACUCUCUUGUUUGCAUGCCGUCUUGGCCACUGCCACAAAAAAAAAACUCAUCACCACUUGACCGAUAGCUGCGGAGACCAAUGUAAGAAAAGGGGAGGGAGUCUCUACUUCGUACUUCUUGAGUCCUUAGGCUCUGGAGCAUCGCGCCAACUCUCAUCUUACCAAUCGUCUAGUGAGCACUAAGCAAGAGCCGGACUUGUCAACUCGCCCCGGCAACUAACUAAGCCGUCCGCCCGUCCCCCUCUACUCCGUACAAAACAUUCUUGCCCCUCUCUGCGCUCUAUUCUAUCGUUUUAGCUCCAACAAACGCUUCUUCCACAGCCCAGUAGCACCAGUGUACAAUGGAAAGUAGCGUCUGCUGUCUGCGCAAGUGCAACGCGGCAAAUUACACGCCGCAGCGGCAUAAACCGCCAACCCUGCUGCUUGUGUUUGGUGCAAGCUCAUCCGAAGUUUCUUCCUAUGCUUCAUUUCAUCUUUGCCCGUCCCCUCACAGACAAUCGACAAGACGUACACGCACUCUUCGUACUCACACAGUACUGAGAGUAGUACUUGCUCACCGACGCAGCACAGACUUCAGCUAUCCUCGCCUGUUCGGAUCAGAUGAUGCCAUUGGGAUCGUCGUAACUGUUCGGCUUGACCUGCCCCGCCUGUCUCGUCGUCUUCGGUUCUGCAAAUCUGCCCUCCACAACCUGAACCACCUCCUCAACUGCCCUUUCGUCGUUACCCCCUCCGCCGUCGGGUUGAGUCGAGUCAAGCCGAUACACUGCCUGUCCCUUUCGGUCACAUUCUCGCCACUUUUUCGAGAGCCCCUUCGAAGCCGACGGGAUAUUGUCCGUCUACCUGUCAAAGUGCCGUCUCUCUGCUCCAAACCACCGCCCGAUUACUUAGUCAUGCCAUGCUCAUCUCGUUUUCUACGCUGGCUCAGUCCUACUGUUCUUUGGAGUGCUCCCACGAUAGGCGGCGCAUUGACUUGUCAUUCUGCAAUGUCUCGCUCUCGUCCCUUUGGCGGUUAGUCACCGCCCUGUCAUUCAGUCUGUCAGUUGUAGUUGGUCUUGUCACGGACGGUACAAACUCCCAGGCCUUGCCGAGUGUCAUCGUUCAUCACCGAGAGGCCUCGCCCGCGUAGUCGACGGAUACACGUCCAAGUCCACGCCUGCCGGGCCUAUCUUCAGCCCAGAGCAGGGGAGUCGAGUCCAAAGUUUUUAGUGUGGCACCAACUGACAUGGGGGCGUCGUCCAAACCCAGGGACGCAAAGACGCUUCAUGGACCAGGGGUCGGGACAGACGCUGGGGCCGGGGGACCAGGAUUUUGAACCAGGG